CGAAUAAACGCAGCACCGUUGAGUAUGCGUUUUCCGUUGCGGUGCUCGACACGUCGCAUGUGUAGCGACUUGUAAGUGGCAAGGUGUGAAAAAUCGACGCAAUCGUUGAUUGACGAAAUCGAUGAGCGCUUGAAAUACUUGCGGGUUGCCGUCGCAAGCCGUCCGCUGCCACCUAGUGCGACAGACACACACGAGCCGACGCACGAUUGACACUCACUCGUUUGGACGCGAGAACCAAAAGCGUCAGGAUGAGUCGAAAUUACAACGACGAGUUGCAGUAUUUGGACAAGAUCGACACCAACUGCUGGAGAAUAAAAAAGGGCUUUGUUCCCAACAUGAAGGUGGAAGGACUAUUCUACGUCAACGAGCCCCUGGAAAAAUUGAUGUUCGAGGAGCUGCGGAAUGCGUGCCGAGGUGGAGGCGUGGGCGGCUUCCUUCCAGCCAUGAAGCAGAUCGGAAACGUGGCGGCGCUGCCCGGCAUCGUCCACAGGUCCAUCGGCCUCCCGGACGUCCACUCGGGCUACGGCUUUGCCAUCGGGAACAUGGCGGCCUUCGACAUGAACGACCCGGACGCGGUGGUGUCUCCGGGCGGCGUGGGCUUCGACAUCAACUGUGGCGUGCGCCUGCUGAGGACCAACCUGGACGAGCGAGACGUGCAGCCCGUCAAGGAGCAGCUGGCGCAGUCGCUCUUUGACCACAUCCCCGUGGGCGUCGGCUCCAAGGGCGUCAUCCCCAUGGGGGCCAAGGACCUGGAGGAGGCGCUGGAGAUGGGCGUGGACUGGUCGCUGCGCGAGGGCUACGCUUGGGCCGAGGACAAGGAGCACUGCGAGGAGUACGGCAGGAUGCUGCAGGCCGACCCCAACAAGGUCUCGUCCAAGGCCAAGAAGCGGGGCCUCCCCCAGCUGGGAACGCUGGGAGCGGGAAACCACUACGCCGAGAUCCAAGUGGUGGAGCAGAUCUACGACGACUACGCGGCCAAGAAGAUGGGCAUCGACCGCAAGGGGCAGGUGUGCGUCAUGAUCCACAGCGGCAGCAGAGGCCUCGGCCAUCAGGUGGCCACAGACGCGCUGGUGGCCAUGGAGAAGGCCAUGAAGCGCGACAAGAUCGCCGUCAACGACCGGCAGCUGGCGUGCGCCCGCAUCGCCUCGCAGGAGGGACAGGACUACCUGAAGGGAAUGGCCGCCGCCGGCAACUACGCCUGGGUCAAUCGCUCGUCCAUGACCUUCCUCACUCGGCAGGCGUUCUCCAAAGUGUUCCAGAGCACGCCGGACGACCUGGACAUGCACCUCAUCUACGACGUGUCGCACAACAUCGCCAAGGUGGAGGAGCACAUGGUGGACGGGCGCCAGCGCACCCUGCUGGUGCACCGCAAGGGCUCCACGCGCGCCUUCCCCCCCCAUCACCCGCUCAUCCCCGUCGACUACCAGCUGACGGGCCAGCCGGUCCUGAUCGGGGGGACCAUGGGCACGUGCAGCUACGUCCUCACCGGCACCGAGCGAGGCAUGACCAACACCUUCGGAACCACCUGUCACGGCGCGGGUCGAGCUCUGUCCCGGGCCAAAUCCCGCCGCAAUCUGGACUUCCAAGACGUUCUGGACCAGCUGGCCGACAAAGGCAUCGCCAUCCGAGUGGCGUCCCCCAAGCUGGUGAUGGAAGAGGCUCCCGAGUCGUACAAGAACGUGACGGACGUGGUGGACACGUGCCACGAGGCCGGCAUCAGCAGGAAGGCCAUCAAGCUGAGACCCAUCGCCGUCAUCAAAGGAUAGAAGACCCGCGCCGUGGAGCCACCCGCAAAUUC